CACUUCUGCAAAGCACGAAGCAAGCGCCCAGUUCCCCUCUCCGGCUCCUCCCUCCUCUGUAGGACACGAGUGGCUGUAGUGAGCUCUUGGACCCCUUCGGACCCCUCCUCACACCCCGCUUCGCGAAGCUCCUGGCUUCCUCUCUAGGGCUAGGUCUAUAAACCUCUUCAGUCCUCCUGGAAGGUGACCAAAAGCAGCCGCGGGGAAGAGACAAGCAGCCGCAGCCGCCACUAGGCCCCGCCCAGCAGCAGCAGAGCAAGGCCGCGCCCGGGACCGCUGCAGAGCGGGAACUAUGGCAAAGAGGAUAGCCCCCAGGAGACCCCACCCCUCCAGCUGCUGUGUCUUCCUGUUUUGUCUCCACGGCUACGGUGACCUCAGCUCUGCACCCCCUCACUGGGCUUCUGAUCAGCCCUUUUCAGGUGUGCAACCUUAUCCGCCUUCGCAGCUGGGACUUUCUCCUUCCGGUUCUCUGUUACGAUAGCAGCCAUGCCGGUAACAGUAACCCGUACAACCAUUACGACUACAACGUCAUCCUCCACCACUGUGGGGUCUGCUCGGGCGCUGACCCAGCCGCUGGGCCUCCUCCGCCUCCUGCAGCUAAUAUCCACCUGUGUGGCUUUCUCACUGGUGGCCAGUGUGGGUGCUUGGACAGGGCCCAUGGGUAACUGGGCCAUGUUCACCUGGUGUUUCUGCUUUGCUGUUACACUUAUCAUCCUGAUUGUGGAGUUAGGUGGGCUGCAGGCCCACUUCCCCCUGUCAUGGCGAAACUUCCCCAUCACCUUUGCCUGCUACGCAGCCCUCUUCUGCCUGUCGUCUUCCAUCAUCUAUCCCACCACCUAUGUGCAGUUCCUACCUCACGGACGUUCCCGGGACCACGCCAUCGCUGCUACCACCUUCUCCUGCGUUGCCUGUUUGGCAUAUGCCACUGAAGUGGCCUGGACCCGUGCAAGGCCUGGUGAGAUCACUGGCUACAUGGCUACCGUGCCAGGGCUGCUCAAAGUUUUUGAGACCUUCGUAGCCUGUAUCAUCUUUGCCUUCAUUAGCGAUCCGACCCUGUACAAUCAGAAGCCGGCCCUGGAGUGGUGUGUGGCAGUCUAUGCCAUCUGCUUCAUACUAGCAGGGGUGACCAUCCUGCUCAACCUGGGGGAGUGUACCAACAUGUUGCCCAUCCCUUUCCCCACCUUCCUAUCAGGCUUGGCCUUGCUGUCUGUUCUCUUUUACGCCACUGCCAUCGUCCUCUGGCCCCUCUACCAAUUUGAUCAGAGAUAUCAGGGCCAACCCCGCCGCUCAAUGGAUGCAAGCUGUGCUCGCACUUACGCUUAUAUGCAACCCAACACGGUGUGUUAUUGGGACCGACGGCUGGCAGUGUCCAUCCUGACGGGUAUCAACCUGCUGGCAUAUGUGUCUGAUCUGGUGUACUCCACUCGUCUGGUGUUUGUCAAGGUCUAAGAUUGACAAGGGCUCCCCAUCUCUCCUUGCAGCUUCUUCACCCUGAUUGAUUACCCAAGUAAUUGGUACCAUCCUGUUUUCUCCUCAUCUCCCUCCCAUUUCCUCUUCCCUGUUGGAUAUGUAUAUCCUUCCUUAUUCUCUGUUUUCUUUUCCAUCCCUUUCUUACCUUUCCUCUUCUGGUAUACCUGUAUUACCCUCGAGCUGUGACAGCUUGCCUCCUUCAUUUUUCUAUCUCUAUAGUCUUUCCUGUGGGUUUUAUCACCUGCCUGUUUUCUUGGGAGCCCUAAGAAUUCUUACUUUCUCUCUCCCUCACCCCUCAAAGGUGCUGGCCCCACACAUCCCAUACUCCUUUGCAGUUACCCACACUCCUUUGCAGUUCUUCACCCCACAGGCCUCUUUAGGGGCCUCAUUGCCAAAGCAUGCCUGCCUGCCUGCCUGCCUUAGCUGUGCCUUAGUCAGUACGUAUGUAUAUAUGUGUGUAUGUGUUAAGGGGAUUGGGAAGCAGGCUAUAUAGUGUACCUCUCCUUUAAGUUAAAAACAAAACAAACAAAAUUCUGGAGGUCAUCAAUUCCCGGUGGCUAGGAGUCAGCAUUAUGCACAGAGUCUCUGCCUCUAUUUGUCACUCAGCUUUGCAUCAAAUUGGCUCUAGAUUUUUUUUUUUUAAACCAGGCUUACUGAAAGCCUACUACCUAGAGGCUACCCUAGAUGAAGCAAUGGAUGGGCACCUUUUCCUAAAUUAUUCUCUGUGCUAUUCAGACAAACAAACAAACCCACCAAAAAUAUCCACAUGGUCUCUUUCUCUCUCUGUGUCUCUCUGUCUCUGUCUCUGUCUCUCUCUCUCUCCCUCUCCCUUUCCCUCUCCCUC